GACUCCUGAAAUGAAGGGGAAAAGGGAAAGUGGAAGGAGAAAACCCACGCGUUUCUCGCGUUUCUCAUCAUGAUUGCAGGGCAAGUGUUCGACAAAAAGCGUCAGUCAAAUUCGUAUCGAAGUUCCCUUCACCCUUCAUCCGCCUUUUCCCGUUGCCUCCGGUCCCUGCGCCGGCAAAUGCCAGCCCGGCUGUUCCCGUGUGCUCCCCCACUUCCCUUCUGUUUUCUUCCUGUUGUUUUCCUUUCACUUUGACCCACUUCAAUUAUUUUAAGCUUUCUUCAAAAACACACAUAAAACUACGAAGAUUCUGCUACAAAGUAUACUUUGUUACCAGGUUCUCUUUUUCUAAUCUUUUGUUUAGCGUUUACCACAGUUUAGUAUAUUUAACAUGGUCCACACUGUUCCUCGUGAAGUACUGAAAUGGGUAUGGAAAUGGAGUUAUGGCUUUUGAUGAACAACAAAGACAGGGAUACGCACUUCGUUUUUUUCUUAGUUGUAAAGCCCCACUGGGUGCCACCGGACCCCAUUUGACCCUAUGUGGCUCUCUUUGUUUUGCCUUUUUUCUUAUUCAAAUUUAAAUGUUAGUACUCAUGAAGUCUUGAAGAGGUAUCAUUCCUUUUUUUCUUCCUUUUGAAAUCUGAUUUUAAGGGGGGUUUUCCUUUGGAGUAGGCGUUUACUAUCAUUACCCUGCAAAGUUGGGGUCUUUCCUUCACUCUGACAUGGCCCCUGCAGGAAAGGUUUCUGGGUUCUACAGAGAGGGUGAUGACUGGUUCUUUAAUUCGGGUUUGCCAACUGAUAUCACCAUUGUCAUAGACGGCAUAACCUUUCAUCUUCACAAGUUUCCUCUUGUGUCAAAAUGUGGGAAGAUAGCACACAUUUGUGAAGAACAUCAAGGUGCCCAUGGGAAGACUUUAUCCGCAUUGCUUGAAGAAUUCCCUGGAGGUCCUAACACUUUUUUGAUUGUAGCUAAAUUCUGCUAUGGUAUUCGGGUGGAACUUACGCCAAGGAACAUAGUAAUGGUCUACUGUGCAGCAGACUAUUUAGAGAUGACAGAUGUGUAUGGAGAAGAUAACUUACUUUCAAGGUCAGAGAGUUUCUUUCACAAGAAUGUACUUCGCAACUGGAAGGACUGUAUAUUGGCUUUGCAAAGUUCUGAAUCCUGUAUCCCAAUGGCAGGAAAGCUUCAGAUAUUGCACAAAUGUAUGAAUGCUAUUUCCAUGAUGGUAUGUACAGAUCCUAGUUUGUUUGGUUGGCCCAUGAUGAUGUAUGGUAGCCUGCAGAGCCCUGGUGGAAGCAUCCUAUGGAAUGGAAUAAAUACAGGGGCAAGAAUUAGAAGCUCAGAAUCUGACUGGUGGUUUGAAGACAUCUCCUAUUUGAGUGUAGAUUUGUUUGAAAAGCUUAUCAAAACAAUGGAAGUGAGAGGUAUAAGACCUGAAAAUCUAGCAGGUGCUAUAAUGUAUUAUGCAAGAAGGUACCUCCCAGGUCUGAGCCGAUGGCAAAGCACACAAAGUAGCAAGACAAGGACAGUUGCAAGCUUCAGUUUGACUCCUGCUGCAGUAGAUCAGAAGGUUUUACUGGAGAGUGUUGAAAAGCUUCUCCCAGAAAGGAAGGCCAAAUCCUUCUGCCGUUUUCUGCUUGGACUUCUUCGUGUUGCAUUAAUAUUGGGUGUUGAUAAAACAUGUCUGGACUCUUUGGAAAGGAGAAUAGGAAUGCAACUAGAACUGGCUACUCUAGAUGGUCUUCUGAUUCCUACUUACUCAGAUUGUGAUACUCUAUAUAACACCGAUUGUGUUGAAUCCGUAAUCUACCAUUUUACAUCCUCAGAGUCAGGAUUAACAUCAUUUUCACCACCAUCAUUGGACCUGGAAACAUCACCAUCAUCUGAACGGUUAAGAAAAGUUGCUAGAUUGGUUGAUAGCUAUCUUGCUGAGGUUGCUUCUGAUGUAAAUUUGAAACUGGGGAAGAUACGUUCUCUUGCAGAGGCCCUUCCAGAAUCUUCAAGACCUUUGCAUGAUGGACUAUACAGAGCACUGGAUAUCUAUUUUAAGGCACACCCCUGCCUUUCUGAGAGAGAAAAAGAAGAACUCUGCAACAUCAUCGACUACCAGAAACUCUCCAUUGAUGCCUGUGCCCAUGCUUCCCAGAAUGAAAGAUUGCCACUUAGAGUUGUCUUGCAGGUCUUGUUCUUUGAACAGAUGCAUUUGAGGUCUGCUCUAGCUGGCUGUCUCCCUGCCUUAGAUGCUGAAAGUGCUCCUGCAGGUCAUUUGACAGGCCCAACUGAGGUGGCAGGACAGAUUGUGCAGAGAGAUGGAUGGGUUACCAUUGUGCGUGAAAACCAUGUUUUAAAGGUUGACAUGGAAAAGAUGAGGUCUAGAGUUGGGGAGCUUGAAGAGGAAUUUAGUAAAAUAAAGCAAGAAAUGAAAAGGGUGUCAAAGUCCCACAGUUCACUCAGUUCCCCCUACCUAUUUGCUAGGAAAUUUGGAGGCAAGUUUCUUCCACGAUCCUCAGAUGCUCAAACCGUUCUUGUUGACAGCACAGACACCACUCCAAGAGCAUCAGUUGAACAAGCACGUUCUUCCCAUCAUUCCAAACACCGUAAAAGCUUCUCCUUGUUUUGACAGCCAAGCCUCAGAAACUAACAUCCAUAUUUCAACAUAUGAACAAUGCUACUAGUUCAAAAGAUUGUGUCCACACUAAUGGGUUCUGGAUGGAGCUUAUCUUUGGCUCCAUGAGUACAAAAAAGAAACAGAGCUCCUUCCUGAACCUAUUAGGAAAUACAUCUGUCUUUCAAUUAAAGAAAAAGAAGUCAUAUUAUUCUUGUAUGUAGUCCUCAUUUUCAAUUCAUCUCCCUUCUAUGGGCUUAUACUCUGCACAUCUUCCUAAAUCAAGUUUGUUGGACAAC